UGAUUUUCUGGACGUCAUUGAAGAAUCGUCAUUUAAGAAUUAUCCCAAGAUUUUGUCAGAGUAAUAGGAAAUACACGCACGAAUGGAGUUUCCGGUUCUAUAUGAAAAAUCCGAACAUGACGUUCUUUUUAGAGAACAGGGGAUCCCACUUCCUUUACUUGUCACUUGAUUAAUUCCGAUUACAACAUAUUUACAAAGCAUUCUGCGGUUGCAUUGUGUGCCAGGGAGGAUAUAAGUAACAAACGUUGAUAAGCUUUAUCGUAUAUUUAAUAUGUGAUUCGCCAUGAAACUGUACUCAUUUUACGAUAGUCCUUUACGGCGUAGCAUGGUCUCCUAGUUCUAAUAACACAAUGUGAAAUAUUAUGUGUUAAUCAUACAGAGCAUUCAUAAGUUUUUAUGAUAAAAAUCAAUUGUUAAAUUGAAUAAAAAUCAGCUGUUGAAUAAUACAAAAAUACAAAGACUUGGUAUAGCAAUGGCUAUGGAGAGCGUCAAAGUAACCAACCCUGCUGCUGUCAGUGACGAGAAAAUAGAAAUUACAACGAACGAUGGUGAAAAAUCAAAAACUGACAUUUUACAACCAGUAAUCGAACAACCCAUUAUAAAGGAUACUGUUUUGACAAUUGAUACUACGGAUAAACGAAGAUAUGGCGUCCCAGCAAGACAACCAGUUUCCUAUGCGGCAAAGAAAACAGUUGCACAGGGAAUGAUGGACGUGGCGUUAAUUACUGCAAACGCGAAUCAACUUCGUUAUUUAAUUGAAUUUCAAAGGCACAGUCCGACAUUUUUCGUCAGUGUGUUUCUCAUAGUAGUCAGUUUACUACUUCAGAUUGCAGUGGGCGUAAGCCUAAUUUUCAAAGGCCGUUUUGACAUGAAGGGAGAAUCGAAAUUCGCGCAUGCUCGCAGAAUAAAUAAUUAUGUAGUAUCUGGUGUUUUUAUGAUAACAAUAAUUAACGUCUUCAUCGCAUCUUUCAACAUCAGUACACCGCCAGCAAUAAUGACGUUUCAGCCACCACCACCACCACAAAUAACCGCACGUCCAACAUUUACGCCACCGAUAGGCCUAUUAUAAGACUUCCUUCAUUACCAAAUAAAGAAUCAAUAUUGUGUUUCAA